CUCCGACAGCAGCAAAAUAUCAGACAGCGAUCACGACGUCCCCCGAAUCACGCGGGCCCCACAGAAGGAUGAAGGGAAGGGAAGGGGGGAGAGAGAGAGGGAGGAAGAGGAAGCGAAUCCGCGGUCACGCGCGCGCCCUCGAUCCGACGGCUGUCCUCCAAUCCCCGACCGGGCGGUGAUCUCGGGCUCGCCCUCCGAGGCGCCAGAUCGGACGGCGCCGAGGCCUUCUUCCAUCCCGCUCGUGCAGAGAAACAUAUCAUAUCAUCUCGUCUCAUAUGCAUACGCACACGACAAGCGCCCGAAGAGAAAAGAAGAGAGAGAGAGGGGGGACUGGGGGAGGAAGGGCACGCGCACCCAAAACUCAUCCAUUCGCCCCCACGCCCUCAUUCAUUAUCUCCCUCCAUCGUCCCCUUUUUUUCUUUUUUUUCAAAAAAAAAAAACACCCCAACAAACAUAAUUUUUUUUUUUUAAAAAAAAUUUAUUUUUUUAUUUUUUAUUAAAAAAAAUUAAAACAAAAAGAGGAAACUCUCUCUUUUUAUACCCUCUGAAGGGCUUUAAAAUCCCACGCCACUCUCGACUACUACCUCCUCCUCCUCCUCCUCCUCUUCUUCUUCCUCUGUUUACCAGGAUUUGGAGACUCGAAUUUUCGCAGGGGUUUGAAGAAGAAGAAGAAGAAGCAGCAGCAGCAGCAGCAGCAGCAGCAGAGAAGUUUUAAACGACAACAUGCCGUGGGUGUGGCUGUUCGGGAGCAACCGCUUGGUGGUCUUCUUCCGCGUCAUUCUGUGAUCAGAUCGAGUUCCCGGUCUCAACUGCUGAGACGGUUGUUUUUCGUUUUGUAGGGUGGUGGGGGGAGGGGGGAAUUGGUUGGUUUUGGUUCUGCGGGAAUGAGAAUGUGCAUUGCGCUCAAUCUCACGAGAUAUCGCACGGUUAGGGUUGGAGAGAUCAUUAUGAAAGCACGAGUCGUCGCCUACUCCCAGCUAGUCCGAAUUUGUCAGCGUAAGUACAUGUUCUUUGGUUUGUUACCAAUCAGAUACUGAUUCUGAUACGUCCGUGCAUCGCACUGCUACAUUAAAAUGGUGAGGGGUGAAAAUGCUGAAUACUUCCGCCAGCUACUUAAGCCCGUUACGUAGAAUCAGUAGACAACCUGUGAUCAGUUUUGGCUUUUAGACUCGUCAAACACACGGCAAAAUUUGGUUUCAGACUUCAUCAAUCGCAACGCAAAGGGAGAAGAAACAAAGUCUUGGGAAUGACAGACGCGCGAUAGAUAAGCUCCUUCCUCACCUGCUAAGCGGCGACUCUGCUUCAAACAAGAACUCGAGAGAAAAAUCCACGGUUUUCCGGUAGUCACAGCCAUUUGAUCGCUCACAGCAACUACAUCAUAAAAGUUCUAAACACAGUAGCGAUCUAAUGCAGAGUGACCCUAGAUUCUUUGGUGGAACGACCUCUCCACCCCCUGCAGGAGCUCUUUACAAUAACGGUGUCCCUGCAGUAGCCCCUGGCUUCGACGACUCUCUCGUAGGCAGGAAUUAUCAUGACUUUCCUGCUCCGCUUAACCAAGUCGAGUUCCAGCCCUCCGAGACCUGCCCCAAGAACUUUGUAAUCUUCGAUCAGACGUACAACAAAAGCAGGGUCAUGUUCCACCCUUCUUUGGCCCACAAAUUUGGGUCCCCAAGCUUCAACGUCUACGGAACUCAUGCCCAUGAGGCGGGAAAAAGCACUUACAGAGACAACGAAUACGAGGAAGAUUACUCGACUCAGUACCACAAAGAGGAUACGGAAGAGAUUGAUGCGUUGUUGAGUUCGGAAGAAGGGGAGGAAGACGAUGUGGUGAGCACCGGAAGGACCCCGAGCUACCGUAGCGGCAGCUCGCCAGAUUCGUCAUGCUCGUCGUCAAACGGAAGGAAGGCUGGCAAGAUGAAGUCCACUUAUAGCCACAAUGUUCCCUCCGGAAGCGGAAGCAAUGGAAGCAACAGCGAGCGAAAGAGGGAGAGAAUGAAGAAGAUGGUGAGAACACUUAAGGGAAUUAUCCCGGGUGGAGACCAGAUGGAUACCCCUGCCGUUCUCGACGAAGCUGUUCGGUACCUGAAAUCACUCAAAGUAGAAGUAAAGAAACUCGGAGUGCACAACUCCGGCAGCUGAGCAGUAACAAUCAUGCAUGUGUGAUGAUUCGGUGCGCCCUUUUCUGCCCCACGUUCCGUUACGGCUUUAUGCCUCAUGAUAAAUGGAUGGGAGGGAGAAUAGUGCUUUGUCUAGUGAUAAGGGAUGGAAGUGGGGGCAAAAGGGCAAUAGGAACAAAGAGAGAGGAGGAUGCUUCCUUUUCCUUUGCGGUGGGCCUCCCUUUGUUGGCGACGGUGUUCGAGCAUUGUAGCGUGCGGUCUUGUGCUUUGCUUUGCUUUGCUUUGCUUUGUUUUGUUUUGUUUGCUCCUUUUACGCGAGGAGUGGCUUAGUGUUGCCAUGAUGAUACUGUGUUACUAUCUCUCUCUCUCUUUUUCAUGUUGGGUAUGGCACUACUAAUCCAUCUUCUACUUCUUUUUUUUCUCUUCUGGUUGUCACUUUUUAUUUAAGCAUGAAACUCUUACUCUUUAAUUAGGUCUAUAUAAUAUAGUUACGGCUGUCGCGCUUUUUGGUGGUUCUUAACUCUAUGUUUCAUGGUUAUAGUACUAAUGAUGUCUGCUUCUGUAAUAGCUUUCUUUUAUAAGGUUAAUGUUGAUAAUAAUUAUGUUGUGCG